UUUUAAUAAAAGAUGUUUUUCUUUGACUAUUCGAGUGACGAAGAGGAGAAAUCAUUGACUCUCCCACAAAUCCCAGAUUGUUUGAUAAAUAGGAAUCUUGAUGUAGGAUUGGGUGUUCCAAGCCCUCCCAUCUUUCCUCAAGAGAACUCUCAUUUUAGUAGCUUUAAUGAACCACAAAUGAAUGAGACUGAUAUCCCUGGUGAACACAGUAAGGAAACUUCUGAAGAUAUGACCAAACUCCAGAUUAAGAGAAUGAAGAGCAAGCUGAGGUCAAAGCGGUCUAGAGACCGCAAAUAAAUUGUACCUUGAGAAUCUUGAAGCUAAAGUUAAGGAGCUUGAAAAAGAAAAUACGAGGCUGAAUAAAUUAAUAAAGAAUUACCAAAGAAACAAAGUCUUGGAGAGGGACACCAGAGCAGAAUUUGAGGAAAAAGUUCAUUCCCAGAGGGAAAAAAUAUUGAAAAAGUUCAUGGAUCCCCAAACAGGCAAAUAUAACGAGAAGACUACUUUUAACCUCUCAGAGAACUUUCGUCGAAAAUCUCCAAAAAUCUUGGAGACUCAUUUAAAAAUUCUAAAUGAUAGUUUUGAGGGUCUUUUGCAAAAUCUUUAUCCAAAUUUUGCAGUUUAUUACUUAAAAGACUUGACUAGUGAGUAUCUAAACGAAAAGAUCAAAGAUUAUGAAGUACUUCGCAAGUUCAAUAAAUUGACGAAGUAUCAGGUACCUGAAUAUCUGAAAGAGCACAAUAUGAACACAUGAGAUUUCUUCAUAGCUUCUAUGAAUCCUGAUAAAAGACAAUAUAAUUUCUUUAGGCAGAAUUUCCUGCCAAGAGCCUUCCAGAUCAAGGAAUCCAUUAUAGAAGGAGUCAAACUUUUGCUUAAGGGCAAGGAAAUUUUGAUACAAAAUACUUGAGAAUUAUAUGCAUGUAACGGCCUUCUCUUAAAGUCAGGAAUUUUCAGUGAUAAGCAGCUUAUCAACUCAGAUUUUGCAUCUUUGGAUACCUCAAUGUUUGACCUCGUACAAAAAUGGAAAUGGGGAGUCAAGAGGGAAGGCAAAAUUUACUCCUAUGAUAUGUCGAAAGACUCUUAUCUAGCGAAGAGUACUAAAAAGCAUUUUGACAAGAGCGAUUACAUUGUUUCCAUCAAGGGUGAGUGCUUUAGCCUCUAAAUUAUGCACAAAUGAUUAAUUUCCAAGGCUACCGAGCGAAGCUCGGUCAGUCUUGUUGGAAAUAUAUUUCAUUAUAAUUUGUCUGGUAACGCGGCUCAUUGC